UAUGCUUUUUUUCUUUUUAUUCCAGGGUCGCCUAAUUCUCUGGAUUUCAAAUUAAAAGACACUUUUUGUGUUUCUUCUUUUAGUAUUCUGACUAAUAAGUGGACAUUAGGCUGGUUUCUGCCAGUGAUUGCAUUUAAUUUGGAAUUCCACCCUUCAACAGAAUUAUUUGUCCUAUGACGCUGUCCAUAUACGUUCCAUGCUUUAAUGGGCAUAUUUGGAUUGUCCAUCCACUGCUCGACAAAAUAAUCAAUGAAUGUGAUUAUGGCUGUAGUUUCCCGGGAGUUUUCACCUCCACCUCAAACUGAAUCAUAUUCAUCUAUGGCUGAAAGUUGGUGCUAUACUCAGUUCAGAAUAGUGAAGUUUUCCUAUACCUGGACAAUAAGCAAUUUCAGCUUUUGUCGUGAAGAAAUGGGUGAAGGUAUUAGAAGCUCUAUAUUUUCUGCUGGAGCAAGUGACAAACUGAAAUGGUGCAUGAGAGUAAACCCUAAAGGAUUAGAUGAAGAAAGUAAAGAUUAUGUUUCACUUUAUCUUUUGCUGGUUACGAGUCACAAGUCUGAAAUAAGAGCUUCCUUCAAAUUUUCCAUCCUUAACGCCCAAAAAGAAGAAACCAAAGCUAUGGAAAGUCAAAGAGACUACAUAUUUGUCCAAGGAAAAGAUUGGGGCUUUAAGAAGUUUAUACGAAGAGAUUACUUAUUGGAUGAAGCGAAUGGACUCUUGCCUGAUGAUAAAUUGACUAUUAUCUGUGAAGUUAGGGCUUUAGCAGAAACUGUAAACUUAUAUGGCCACACUCGUGCCAUCCCAUAUAAAGUUCCUGGUUGUGAGUUGUCUGCGGAAAUUGGUGAGAUGCUUGAAAGUAAAAGAUUCACUGAUUUAAUUAUUCGUGUGAGUGGCAGAGAGUUUCAUGUUCAUAAAGCUGUUCUUGCAGCACGAAGCCCAGUCUUUGCUGCCAUGCUCGAACAUGAUAUGGAAGAAAAGAAACAGAAUAAAGUUGAUAUUAUUGAUAUGGAUCCUGAUGUUAUGGAAGAAAUGCUGCGAUUCAUAUAUACAGGGAAAUGUAUUAAAUUGAAGAGUAUGCCUAAUGAUUUGUUAGCUGUUGCUGAGAAGUAUUCCUUAGAGAGACUCAAAGCUAUGUGUGAAGAGGAAUUGUAUAAAAAUAUAACUGUAGACAGUGUUGCCAAUCUUCUGGUAUUGGCAGACUUUCACAAUGCUGGUCAACUGAAAUCUCAUGCUAUAGAUUUUAUUAUCAUGUUGAAGUCUAUGCAGACGUUGACUAAACCCAUGGCAUACUGGUAGUUUAUGCAGACGAACCCAUGGCAUACUGGAAUUCAUAAGUUUGGAGCAAUGGUCUGGCUAUAUUGAUGUUUAUGUGCUUUAACCCUAUUUGGAAUGUAACUUGAUGUUCACCUGAAUGUGCAUUCUGAUAAGUAAAUAACCAAACAGCUAAAUAUUAGUCAUACAUUUAGUCUGUCAUUAACUGCUAUUUUGUCUUAUAAUGUGACGAUACAAAGUGAAAUUAUGUGACGUAAUGACGUAGUGACAUUUUUGAUGUAAUUUUUUAAAAAAAAUUCUAGGUGCAUUCAGUCUAUGUAAUUUUUUUAAAAAAAAUUCUAGGCACAUGUUACAUAGAUAAAUUUAUGGGAGAUAAGAGUAAAUGUUUUAAAAUCUGUUUAUGCAACCCUUUAAAAUUUCAGGAAGCUGUCUCCCCCAUGGUAUCAUUUUAGAUUUACUUGAUUUGGAAUUACUAAUGCUUGUUCAAAAUUAUUCAACACUGAUGAUGUAUAGAUCUUGUAUCUUAAAGAAUAUUACAAGAAUUUACCUAUACACCCUCUCAUGAUCUUGUUAUUAAAUUGUUCAACAUUAAUAUUUAAUUUUUACGUAGUUGAAUAAUUUUAUGAAUUAAUUCAGAGCUGUACUUUCAUUUAUGCGGAUGCUUUUAAUAUGGUCUUGAAUUGCUUAUUUUCAUUUUCCUAAUGAUCCUUGCUAGACGUAAUUAAACUACUUCUGUCAUUUUAUCUCUGCAUUUAAUGUUCAUUUUCAUUUUACGUAGAAUGUCUUGAUGUCUAGAUGCUGCAUGUAAUUAUACUCUUUUGUAUGUAUAUUAACUACUG